AGCGCCGGGCCCCAUCUGCACACGCCUCCCUCCCUCCCUCCCUCUCUCUCUCUCUCUCUCUCUCUCUCUCUCCCUUUAUCCGCGGGGCUCUCUCGACCACAGCUCGGUCACCGCCGCCAGUGUUCUGCGAGUCGCUCUCCGCAGCAGCAGCAGCUCUGUCACUGCGCGCCGCACCGAGGGGAGAGGAGAGGGACAUGCUCUGACACCGGGACUGGACCACAACCACCAUCUCUCCAUCAUCAUCAUCAUCAUCAUCAUCAUCCCUCCUACGGCUCCUGCUGCUUCUUUCUUUUUUCUCGGGGCUUUUUUUUUUUCCCCCCCCCCUCCCUUUUUCCAGGAGGAGGACGAGGUGCAAACGGGGCUUUUGGGUUUUCGCAGCAGCGUCGCUCUCAAAAUUCAUUUGUGGAUUAUUGUUCCUCCCGCCCUCCGACGCAAAGCGCGACACCAUGGAGGAGUCCGGCUCGCAGAAGUUGGUGUGGGACGGCGACGCCAAGGCGGUGCAGCAGUGUCUCACCGACAUCUUCACCAGCGUGUUCACCACGUGCGACGUGCCGGAGUGCGCCAUCUUCGGCCCGUGCGUCCUGAGCCACACGUCGCUGUACGACAGCAUCGCGUUCGUCGCGCUCAAGUCCACCGACAAGCGCACGGCGCCCUACAUCUUCAGGUCUUCAUCAUCGUCUUCAUCGUCUUCAUCUUCACCCCUCCAGACAGUUUUAGAUUUCAUUGUGGACACCUCGGCGGCCAACAGCACCUCGGAGGGCCUGAUGUGGCUGCGGCUGGUCCAGUCGGCCCGCGACAAGGAGGAGCAGAACCUGGAGGCCUACGUGAAGAACGGCCAGCUCUUCUACCGCUCGCUGCGCCGCAUCGAGAAGGACGAGGAGCUGCUGGUCUGGUACGGCAAGGACCUGGUGGACCUGCUGCUGCUCAGCCCCAGCCGGGCGCCCGCCAAGAGCAAAGGCUCGUCCCACCACUCGUGUCCCGACUGCAGCCAGCGGUUCCAGUUCGAGUUUCCCUUCUUGGCCCACCUCCGGUUCCGCUGCACCAAGAGACUGCAGAGCAUCACGGGGGCCGACGAGGAGCCCGGCAAAGAGAGCGGCGCCGAGCGGCCGAACACGAACACCACCCCGACCAGGACCAGCCCGAAGCUGGGCGGCUCGCAGGACAGCGGCAAACCCUCCACGGACUUUCACAACCUGGCCCGCGACCUGGAGAACAACCGGACGAGCCCCCCGAGCGACAAGGAGGCGGAGAUCUGCAGCGAGAGUUCGGGGAAGAGGAAGUUCUCGGAGGUGGAGGAGCGCCGAGGGCCGACCAGCCUUGCACAGACCAAAUCCAAAGACGAGCUGGCGACGUCGGCACAGAAUUACCGAGGCGUGUACGGCCUGGAGGAUAACCACAGGUCCUUUUCGCCGCCGGGCUCCACAACGGAACCGGGGGCGGGCAAGCGCAGCGCCUUCACCGAGGUCAAGAAGUUGCCGCAGAACCUCAAACACCACGGCGGCAGCAAAAACCUGCAGACCUCCAACUCGGAGAACAAAGACGGGGGUCGCCCCGCCGGCUGCAGUCCGUCGGAGAAGCACCUCAGCAUCAGGCAGGUGCUGUCGGAGAGCCAGCCGGCACAGACCCCGCCCAUGGGCAGCGCGUUCACCUCCGUCGGCCAGCAGGGCGGCGGCGUGGGCGGGGAGAGGAAGAGCGCCUUCAGCCAGCCGUCGCGCUCCUCCUUCUCCCAGAUCUCACCGCUGGUGAUGCCGCCCAAGCUGCUGGACUGCCACCCGGCGGUGGGCGACACCAUCUCCUCCUCCAGACUCUACCAGGCCGACCACCUCGCCGCCAAGCUGCAAAGCGCCGAGCUGGGCGCCAACUGCCCCGUGCCGGGCGGCAUGGCCAAGCAGAACCCCUUCGUCUACGCCACCGCCUUCUGGCCCAAGAGCUCGGGCCCCAUCCAGCUCCAGAUGCCCUCGGCGCUCACCCUGCUGCCGCCCUCCUUCACCUCGCUCUGCCUGCCGGCGCAGAACUGGUGCGCCAAGUGCAACGCCUCCUUCCGCAUGACCUCGGACUUGGUGUACCACAUGCGCUCCCACCACAAGAAGGAGUUCGCCAUGGAGCCGCUGGUGAAGCGGCGGCGCGAGGAGAAACUCAAGUGCCCCAUUUGCAACGAGUCCUUCCGGGAGCGGCAUCACCUGUCGCGCCACAUGACCUCCCACAACUGACUGUUUCCAAAGAGGAGACGCGAGGGAAGGAACUUUUCAGAUUCCACAGAGAGGGAGCGUGACCCCCCCCCCGCCUGGAUUUAAAGAACUGCGACGGGAGAGAGGCCACAUGAAAAUACAGAAAUCACCCCCUUGCACUUGUUUUCACUUUGGACUUUGAAAUCUUCUGAUUCCUUUUCUCGCUCCGUUGACCCCCCCCCCCCCCCCCCCCGUACAAAAUGUCAUGUUUUGGGUGUAUGCAAUUGCGUUCUUUGACUUCAUAAAAUGGAUCUAUUUAAGAAGCACUUAGGAAAAAGUUUGAAGAAUAAGGGAAGAUUUAAAUAUGUGUAAAUGUACAGUAAGUUGUAUUUUAUAUCGUAUAAAUGCAAAAACAUAGAGAAGGAAACGCAACAACGUAGUCACACGUCACGGUUUACACACAGUCUCUCAUGUCCACGACAGACACGGACGCGAGUCGGGCGGAACAUUAUUACGUCAAGACCAUAUUUCAGAGUGCAUGUGAUAUGAAACGAUACUGAUGUUAAGAUGCAGUCUAAACACUGCACUGUAAAUAAUUGGUUUGAUUUGAAAUACAAAGUGUCAUAUUUUGUGUCGGUGGGGAAUAGUUUCGGUGUUUCUUCCUUUUGCGGAAAAUUUACUACUUGAUAGUUUAUCUAAUCAUGUUGAAUGCAUUGACAAUAAAAUAGCUUUAUUUUCAA